AUGCUGUCUCAGACUUGGACCAUGUCAAAUCCUUAUAUGCAGCUAGGUGCUGCUAUUCCAGACAAAUGUUCAACUAUAUUCCCUGCUGGUGAUAACUGGAAAUCUAAAUACAAGGAAAGAACCCAGGACCCCCAAAAUACGGAUGAAGAAAUGAUACAAGAGCCACUACUGGCAUCAUGUCUCAGAUCUCUAGAAUCUAAGCCACAGUGGUGGACAAGCUAUAGCAAUAGCCGGCAAAAUGCAGCUUUGAUGUGUCAUGCCGUCCGGUUUGACAUUGAAAAGGAAGAGCUGCUUAACCACCACAAAAGGCUCACUAAAGUCACAUCUGGAUUAAACGGACACUUGAACCGCUCUCUGGAAAAUGCUUAUACCCAAGCCAAACAACAGCAUGCAUUUAUUCAAGCUAUUGAUGGUUUGCGUCUAAAGUUACUACGUGAUCUACGUAGAGAUAGCGCCAGCAUUCAUAGCCGGUUUACACAGCUUAUGACAAGUGCAACAGAUAUGUUCCAGGAUGCAAAUAGAGAACUUCAGGGUUUCGUUAAGCCCGCCUUAACAGAAACAGCUGCUCUUUCUAAGCAAAUUCAAUUUUCUAUUCUCUCAGCUCGAGAGGUAAAACGAGUUUUAAACGAAGUCCUUAUUAAAGGGGCGAAGAGAAACUCAGACUUGAUCGCGGCAGAGCAAACUGCCCUCCAAACGAACGCUCACCUCAUAACAGACAUUCAUCACUCGCUUGAAGAGGCGAAAAAGGCUAGAAUACGUUUCAUAGCUGAAGACUUAAACCAGCUUCAUGUGUCGAUGCAUUCUUUAAGUGAACUAGUUUCGAAUGUGACUCAAAGACAUACCUUCCUUGAUGAUCGCGUUAAACAUUUUAACGCCGUGUUCAGUAACUUUGAACAGAAAGCUUCGAUUCUACAAGACAUGAUGAUUGCGCAAAUUAUGAAUCAGACUCGUCUUCAACAGUCAUUUCACGAGGAUCUCCGUGCCACUCAGACACUUCUACAAAACAUCACAAACGCUGCUAUAUAUCUACAAGCUACUAUUGGAGAUGCCCAGUCGGCUUUCAAUACGUUUAGUUUAUGGAGAGGGCCACUAGUAUCUAUAGUAUGGUGGUCAUGGUGUGCCAUGAUAUCCUGCAUUUAUGCUAUAUUUAAAAUGAAGCUAAUAGUCUACGUUAUUUUCAUUUGUGUAUGCGCAGUGGUGCUGCUUACUUCUAGAGCUUUUGGGUGGCUUCAGGCCGUGGAGAUGCCUUCCCCCAGCAUCCUGCGCGAAGCGACGCAUGCUGAUAUAACUUGCUUUGCCCUGGGAUUUCUCUUCAGUGCUGCCGCCGUUACUGUUAUGGCAAUUAAAGAAUUCCCUAUAAAGGGGAAGACUGCGGUAAAUUCAAACCCAGAUAUGAUAGGCCUUCCGUAA